AUGUCCCUUACCUUCGAAUGUAUCCCCCUCACAGUCCAAGGCGUUAGCCUCAAUCUAUCAACGGUUCAUAGCCUCAACUCAAACCCACCAAUCCUCUUCCUCCACGGCUUCGGUUCCAGCAAAGAAGACCUCGCCGAUCUAAAGAUCCAGCCAUCCCUAAAACACCAUGGCUUCAUUGCCUACGACGCCCCUGGCUGCGGCCAGUCAACAAGCAACGACGUCUCGGCAACAGACAUCCCGUUCCUGGUGGCGACCGCCGAAGCUUUUCUUGCACGCUUCAAUAUAGAAAAGUUCCACCUGAUAGGUCACUCAAUGGGCGGUUUAACAGCCCUACUCCUGGCAAACCAGCAUCCAGGCCGUGUCCUCAGCUUCGUGGAUAUCAAGGGAAACCUCGCACCAGAGGAUUGCUUCCUCAGUCGCCAGAUUUUCAUGUUCCCAGCCGAUGACGGGGAUGCAUUCAUGGAUGCAUUUAUUGAGCGCACGCGUACGUCGGGGUCAUUUGGUAGUGCCAUGUAUGCUAGUACCCUGCGCUCCCGGGUCCGGGCUGGUGCGGUUCGGCCUAUUUUUGAGUCUAUGGUGUUGUUGACUGAUCAUGGGGACUUGAUGGAUAAGUUUCUGGCAUUACCGUGUCCGCGCAUGUUUAUGUUCGGGGAGGAGAUGCGUGGAUUGUCGUAUCUGCCGUUGUUGGAGAAGAACGGUGUUGAAUUGGCCGACAUUGUGGGCGCUGGGCAUUUCCCUAUGUAUUCUAACCCUGUAGAGAUGUAUCGCCGCAUUGCGGGGUUCUUGGAUCGAUGCGGGUAG